UGGUUCGGUGACGGACAAAGGUCCCUUACCUGAUCUGGCACGGGUGUGGUGACAUGUGAACCUGAAGGCCUUAAGUGUUCUAGGGCGAGCGCUGAGGGUUUUCCUUAGUCAGCUAUACACUUUAAGUUAGUUAACUACACUUUGUUCCGUCAAUUAUACGCUCUGUCAGUAAUCAAUCGUGUUUGCGAUUGCUUUCAAACCCACCCCAUUGUAUCCACAAGCCCUUUCCGCCAUUGACAGGGCUUGCUGGUGCUUGACCAUGGCAAUAAAUAUACAAUCAAAAUGUCUUCUCUCACGCAACUUUGUGCGUGGGUACACCUCCCCUUUGACGAUCCCCUGUCGACAUUUGCAUCGGACUGCUUGCAACAACAGCAUCUUCGCGAACGAGAAACCCGACGACGGUAGCAUUGUAAAUCAGUCAUGGGAGAUUAGACAUGAUACACGAAGACCAAGAAAGAGAAACCAAAAGGCCAAAAAAUAUACAGACAGUCAGAUUUCCACGAGCGCGACAGCAGCGAGCAGCAACAACGGUACGAUCAUCACGGAAAGCCUGGAAAAAACCCUCGUUGCGCACCGCCGAUCCAAUCGUGCCAGUAUCAUUCGCAUUGUUGAGGUUGACAUGCGGCGAUCUCCUCAGGCCCCCGCCCCAAGUCGACCUUCUAAGGUUAAGACCGCCCAAAAACCACAUAAAGUUAGAACCGCCUCAAGUCGACCUCUUAAGGUCCCGAGUGAAGUCGAGAUCGGAUCCCAGCACAUCAUUCAGUCGGAGCAACCUCCCGUCCACGCGGAAUUGUUAACACAAUCGCCACCCCGUGCUGAAGCCAUCACGGCAGCUUUCUCUGCUCAUAUCAGAAAUCCUCUGCAGGAUUUGUACACAGCCCGUCCAUCAGAGUUUCCGUGGUUAAAGCAUUUGAUGGCAGAGCGGACCUUCAAUGACGGUCUCUCACAGCUUGAUGCCGAGGUUCGUGCCUUAGGAGACUAUUUGGCACCCACUGCCGUUGAAGAAGAACAAUGCCAGCAGAUUAUCGCAGAAGUUUCCCGCGUGCUUGAAGGGGUUGUGCCCCAUCCGCCCCAACUUAUAGGGCUACGGUCCGUUGGACUCGGCACCACUUCAUCCGCUAUAGCUCUUUUUUUGCGUCUUCCUGACCACGCACCUCGACGAGGUUCACGGAGCUCUACCCGCGUCAGUGGACACCAGCGUUUGUUGCUCAGGGUUGAGCGGGCACUUCGAGCUCAUCCGUCCCUUUGUGAGAUACUGAGCAGGACCUCGGAGGAAACCGCUGCCGGCCAACGGAACUUGCUCAUGACACGCCACUGUGCAACACGUCUUCGGGUGAGCUUUUGUGCGAGAGAGAGAAUGCCCUCUAUGCUCGAGUAUAUUAAGGAUUAUCAGGCUGAGUACCCGUCCCUCCGAUAUCUGUUUCCUACAAUUCGCGUUAUCUUGCAAACCCAGGUCAUGUACGGUUCUGAGGCUGGAGGCAUCACUUCUGAAGCGCUCCUCGUGCUCGUUGUAGCCUUCUUGAAGAUGAGCCAUGGCCGUUUUUCCAGGCCCGAUGAUCUGGGUUUGAAACUUCUUGCAUUUUUGCGAAUGUUUGGAAUGGAAGUCGACCUUAAAAAGACCGGGGUCGCUGCCGACCCUCCUAGUCUGUUUGACUCGGCUACUCUGAAAAAAGCCUGUCAAGAAUAUGCCAAUACCGCCGAGAUGCCCGCUCACCUCCGUGGCCAGCUAGCUCUUGUACAUUCAAGAAACACUGCUCGGAAAAGGGGCAAUUUUGCUUUUGCACAACGACUAUGUGUCCAAGAUCCUACGAACUAUAUGUUCGACCUGGGUCAGUCUUGUCUACACACGCGGUACGUUCAGUUAACGUUGAGGAACGCAUACGAGCAGCUCCGUAUGGGCCUUGACGAAUGGCCGCUGCCGGUACAUAUUUCUCCGGAGACGAGUCUUCUGGGCUCGGUCCUUCGUAUGGAUAGACCAUUUUUCAAGACUGAGAACAUGCGCAAAGCCCUCACAGCUAGGCAAGAACUAGGCAGAAACUUCGGGAGCCCCAAGAUGUAGCCUAUGAUGUUGCUCAUAUGCCUUCUACGGCUUGUUUGCAUUGCAGUGGUAUCUACUGAGUCUUGAUUGACAAGAAUCCUGCUAACCUUCCUUGUUGCCCGUGUAUAUAUCAGCAACUCUGAGUACAUCCUCAUGCUCGCCAACUAGUACAGAACACCAUAUUAUACUGUGGGCACAGAGAAGACUCUGCUAUAAUAAAAAGCACGCCUGCUAUGCAUAAAAUGGAUGCUA